AUCAGGUCUCUUCUAGCAAAUGUUUUCUAAAAGACCUUCGCAAAUAACUAUAUUACAUGAGUGCAUCCUAUGCAUAGUUUCCUAAAUUUAAAGGUCUAAUUUGCAAAUUUAGAACACAUAGAACUCUUUUAAAAACCAAAAAAAAACCGCGGAUAGUUGACCUCCUUCUUGUUCUUCUUCUUCUCGAUGGACGGAGCUGCAAGUCCGACGGUGCUCGUCACAAACGACGACGGAAUCGAUGCCGCCGGCCUCCGCUUCCUCGUCCAGGCUCUUGUCUCCACCGGCCGCUGUCGCGUGCUCGUCUGCGCGCCGGCUUCAGAUCAGUCAGGUGUUGGUCAUGGAAUUACUUGGCGUCAUCCUAUCUCUGCCAAACCUGUUCAUAUUGAUGGGGCAACAGCUUUUGCAAUUGCAGGUACCCCUGCAGACUGCACUUCUUUGGGAAUCUAUGGAACACUCUUUAAUGGAAUAAUUCCCGAUCUGGUGCUCAGUGGUAUCAAUGCUGGUAGUAACUGUGGGCAUAACAUUGUUUGCUCUGGAACGGUGGCUGGUGCUCGGGAGGCAUUCAUGUGUGGUGUACCCUCAAUUGCCUUAUCAUAUGGUUGGGUACCUAAAAAGAGCUCCAUUCACGAUCUCAAGCUGGCAGUGGAGUCAUGCUUGCCCAUCAUAAAUUCAGUGCUGAAUGAGAUUAGGAAUAAGGCUUUUCCUUUACAGUUUUUUCUUAACAUAGCCGUGCCAACAGAUGUUUCAAAUCAUAAGGGAUUUAAGUUAACAAAACAAGGGAAGUCCAACAUCAAAAUCUUUUGGACACAGACCAGCUCUGGUGUUUCAGUUGAUGGUGAUGCAACUGCAAAUAUGUAUACUCAGGACACGACUGGCACAACAAAGAUAUCUUGCUCAUCUCCAACGCAAGAACAACUUUGGUCAAAGAAAAUAGUGCGGAAUUCAGAAAACAAAAGUGAAAAAGAGGAGGAAGGUGAUGACAUAGAUUGGCAAGCUCUUCAAGAAGGAUAUAUUGCUGUCACACCUUUAAGUGCUCUUUCUUGCUCAGAGAUUGAUACUGUCCCUUACUUCAGAGGUUGGCUGCCGCGUGUUACUGACAACUCAUGUUCAUCUUCUUUAUAAAAGUGAGUUCAUGCAGAUGCCAAAAGAAAUUUUAUCCCAUCCUUGUUGAAACUCCCAGCGGACUUGGUUUGUCUUUGUCUUCAGGUGCUACUUACUCAUUUCCAUUUGCAAUUUUUUUCAAGAUAAACUGUAUUGAUCAGGAAUAAACUGCAGUAAGACUAUACUCUGCAGUUUACACCAUCGAUUUAAUAUAAUUGAUGGCUCUAUGCAACAUUUGCAUUUGUUAUAUCAUAUUAGCAAAAUUGUUGUUUGAAAAUAAUAUUUAUGCCUUUGUGCAU